AUCUUCAGUGCAGAGGCAGGGAGGUUACGCAGUUCAAAAAAUCAUAUCUUUUAAAGACAAAGAGGGCAAAGAACCAACACCGCCAACAUGGAAAGAAGGGCUCUUCUUAUAUGUCUCCUCUGGGCCAGUUUCUUUGCAAAAAGACCAGUAGCAGCUAUGGAAAACAUGAAAAGUGAGUCCAGAGAAACACACCUGCCUUCUUUGCUCUUGAACAAUCAAGUUUGCAGUGUAAACGUUCCAAAUUGUGCCUCGUGUCUCGACCAUAGAACAUGCCAUAGAUGCCAGGAUGGCUUUACUUUGCUUGAAAGUUAUUGGGGUGCAAGCUGUGUAGAAAGCUGUCCAGACGACUUCACUGCGAUACAGACUGAGGACAACGGUGUCAUCUGUAGAACUACUGAAGGAUGCAGUAGGAUACCGCAUUGUUCCCAGUGUGAGGAGCAGUUCGAUGAUAUCUGCGACAGAUGUGAAGACGGGUAUCUACUUAUGCAGCAAGGGACUGGUGCCAAGGUUCAAUGCGUGGCUUCUUGUCCCGCGGGUUUCGUGAAACACGGGACCAAAUGCAGGCCAGAAAUGUGCGAAGACUUCUUUUGUUCUCGUUGUAAAGAUGGUUGGGUUCUACAGUACAAACAAGGAACAAAGUGUCUGUCCAACUGUCCAUCAGGGUUCUUCAGAAAAGAAGACAUGUACAGCGGUCAGCCUUACUGUGAAAUGUGCAGGGCGAAUUGCAAAAGUUGUCAAGAUUCUUACAAUUGUGAUGUUUGUGAAAGUGACUUUUACCUUAUCAAGGAUGUGUUUUCCAAGUGCUUACUUAGUUGUCCAGCUGGAUUUCUUGCUGCUUAUAGUUUGGAGUCUGGUAAUGUGUGCAACAAAGACACACGUGGUUGCUUGGACGAAACUUGUUCGCACUGCCAGGAUGGUUGGUACCGAGUUCGUAUCAGGAGAGACUUUCAUUGUCGACAAAAAUGUCCUACAGGAUAUUUUGAGAUUAUGAGAGAGGGGAAACCAAAGCUUUGUGGACGGUGCCCGUAUAACUGUCAGAAAUGCCUUAGUCGCCGAGAAUGUAAGCAGUGUAAGGAGGGCCUUUUCAGUGUUGUGCGAGGUGGCAGACUGUAUUGCGUUUGGCAUUGUCCUCGAGGAUACAUUCCUCUGGAAGAUGAUGGGAAAUCAUGUGUGAGGGCAAAUGACGAUAUUUCUGGACGCUUAUAAGCUGAAGGAUUAAACAGUUUCAGUUAUCACAUGCAUAGGAAUUGUGGAACAACCUCCGUCUCUUUAUUUGAAGAUUUCAUAAAUGUAAAAAACGUUCUGCGAUAGUUGGCUGUUUGGUUUUCUUACUGUUUUUAUGUAACUCUUAAACAAACUUUUCACCCAGUUUGCCUCACGUUGAAAAGACACUAUUACAUCAAAUGUUAAUCGUCAUGUGUUAACUGCUGUACUGCUUAUCUUUGUCACACGAUGAAUCAAAUAAUUAAGAGUAACUACUUGAA